UAUAACACGGUUACCAUCCUGCGGUGUACGACCUUGGUGCUCGUCUGUGAAACGUAAACGUAAUAUUAAUAUAUUAUUCGUCGUUAUAUUGUACGUACGACGGCCUAUGGUAGACAAGACAAUAUAUAUGUAUCAUGUAUGAGUCUUGUUAUUGUUUAUUUGUUAUGUAACGCACGCGCAUGCGUUCCAACUACACUAUUCCAACCUGUGGAAUGUGGAUAUCUACGUUUUUUUGAAUAGUCGUUUUUUUCGUAUACAAAUUUAAUAAUUCCGCUUGUUAUGUUUAUGGCGUUAUUUUAAAUUUAGGGACGACAGCGAGACCCAACAAUCUAUUAUCGAAUUUCGCGUUUUUAUCCGACAAAUAUCUACUUAUGUCUCUUGCAGGACACCAGAAGCAGUUGUUAUUAACAACUGCAGUAGUCUUAGGAGUUUUACUUGGCCAUUUGAGAGCUGGCCGCUCAGGCUCUGGCAGGGGGUCAAAUUUGUCAAUAGGGCCCAGAUAUAGUCAAACUUUAUUGUUGCCAGGAUCAAUGUUGUUGUUGGGACGGGUUGGGUCACAAACAAAGGAGAAUGUACAGGGCUGGCGUAAUCAUGAAUCUAGUGUUGCAUUUGUCAAUGAUGUCGACAGUCGAAGUCAAUAUAAAGACAAACCUGAGGAGUCAGAAAAAUCUCAAUUACCACCAGUGCACAAAGAUAUGAAAUUGGUGCGCAAGAACUCUCUUCUCCAUUCAGCAUGGGUUAUCAUUGCAAUAGUGUUAACGAUUAUAUUCGGUGCCAUAGCCGUUUACUAUUGGGUACUGUUUUAUCCGAUUCUGUGCAAGAAAGAGCGCAAGUAUGACGUCAUGCAAAUGUCUGCCAAACCGUAAUGACCAUGCAUACAAUUCAACAAUCAAGAAAUGAACAUUAAAAUCUCUAGGUGGUGGUGACUAACUGACUUUAUUCUGAAAAUAAUGAUCGUGAUAGUAUAAAUGUUUAAUGUAAAACAAUUAUUUGUGUACCUUUAAAUGUUUCCUAUUUUAUUUUUUAUAAGCAUCUUUACUUUGUUUAAAUUUAUGACUGACUAAAUUAAUAAGAUCUACAAACAGUGACUGCCUUUUAACAGUUCCUUAAAUUAUAUUUAUGGAUUUUUUAAUUUAAUUUAAUGGAUUUCAAUAAUUUAUACUUAACUGUUUACAGAACAAUAUUUUUGAAAUUUGUAUUUAUUUCUAAGAGAUUAAUUAGUGCAUAUUUUUUUUAUAUACUCCAUUUUAUAUGCCAAAUUUAAUGAUAACUAAAUAAUUAUUGUAUUAUUAGUUUAAUUAUGAUGUAUUAAGAGGACGUGAUACCCACUUGUGUUGUCUCUGUCUUACAAGUGCGUAACAUACCAAAUUUUACGCUCAGCAGAACACAUCUAGCUCCGUUAGUUUAAAAAUUAGAGCGAAUUGACCUCUUUUAAAAUCUAAAGGUAAGAUUAUUAUUUAGGCAACCUCAUGGGCUUUUUAAUAUAUUUUAAUUUUAAAGCGAGUUAUGAAUAUUUUAAAAUUGUAAAUUGUUUGUACAUCUUAAAAUACUCAUAACUCGCUUUAAAAUUAAAAUAUAUUAAAAAGCCCAUCAUGUUGCCUAAAUAAUAAUCUUACCUUUAGAUUUUAUAAGAGGUCAAUUUGCUAUGUUACACACUUCUAAGACGGAUACAACACAUGCAGGUAUCACAUCCUCUUAAAUUUGGUGCAAAAAAUAAUCAACAAUUUUAUUAUUUUUAUAAUAUGUUUUUAAACACUAUUACAGGUUUUUUUUUAAUUACAUUCUAUUUUAAUAUUUAGGAGGUUUGUAAAAGUAAGAACUGAAUAAAAAAAAAUAAUUUUA